UUAUUCAGUUGCCGUGGAGAUGAUCCUGCUGCUGUAAAUGUAGGGCUGAAGAUUAAUGGUGUGGGCAGUAUGGACCUAAUGAACGGACAGUCAAGCAGUGUUAGUAUUGCAGCUACUGCUUCAGAGAAGAGUAGCAGCUCUGAGUCCUUGAGUGACAAAGGUUCAGCUGAACUGAAGAAGAGCUUUGAUGCAGUGGUAUUUGAUGUUCUGAAGGUUACACCAGAAGAAUAUGCGGGUCAGAUAACGCUAAUGGAUGUCCCUGUAUUUAAAGCAAUUCAGCCAGAGGAGCUGGCAAGCUGUGGCUGGAAUAAAAAAGAGAAAUACAGUUCUGCACCAAAUGCUGUUGCUUUCACCAGAAGAUUCAAUCAUGUAAGCUUCUGGGUUGUUAGAGAGAUUCUACAUGCACAAACUUUAAAAAUAAGAGCUGAGGUUUUGAGUCACUAUAUUAAAACUGCAAAGAAACUGUAUGAGCUGAAUAAUCUGCAUGCUCUUAUGGCAGUUGUGUCAGGCCUACAGAGUGCUCCAAUCUUCAGGCUGACUAAAACGUGGGCGUUAUUGAGUCGGAAGGAUAAAGCCACCUUUGAAAAGCUGGAGUAUGUUAUGAGUAAAGAAGACAAUUACAAAAGGCUUAGAGACUAUAUCAGCAGCUUGAAGAUGACUCCUUGUAUUCCCUACUUAGGUAUUUAUCUGUCAGAUUUGACAUAUAUUGACUCUGCCUACCCGUCAACAGGGAGCAUUCUGGAAAGCGAGCAAAGAACAAAUUUAAUGAACAACAUUCUUCGAAUUAUCUCAGAUUUACAGCAGUCAUGCGAAUAUGAUAUUCCUUUGUUGCCUCAUGUCCAAAAAUAUCUAAACUCAGUUCAGUACAUAGAAGAACUACAAAAGUUUGUAGAAGAUGACAAUUACAAACUUUCAUUAAAGAUAGAACCAGGGACCAGCACCCCCCACUCUGCUGCUUCCAGAGAAGAUUUAGUAGGCUCGGAAGUCGGAGCAUCUCCACAAAGUGGACGGAAAAAUGUUGCAGUUGAAGGAGCCUUGCUACCACCAACACCCCCUUCGCCUAGGAACCUGAUACCGCAUGGACAUAGGAAAUGUCACAGUCUGGGAUACAAUUUCAUACACAAAAUGAAUACGGCUGAAUUUAAAAGUGCGACGUUCCCCAAUGCAGGACCGAGGCACCUACUGGAUGACAGCGUCAUGGAACCUCAUGUCCCAUCUCGAGGGCAGGCAGAAAGCUCCACCCUUUCUAGUGGAAUUUCAAUAGGUAGCAGUGAUGGUUCUGAACUCAGUGAAGAAACUUCCUGGCCAGCAUUUGAAAGGAACAGGUUGUACCAUUCUCUCGGUCCGGGGACAAGAGUGUCACGAAAUGGCUAUCGAGGCCACAUGAAGGCCAGCAGCUCCCUAGAAUCUGAAGAUUUGGCUGUUCAUUUGUAUCCGGGAGCAGUUACUAUUCAAGGUGUUCUCAGGAGGAAGACUUUGUUGAAAGAAGGCAAAAAACCUACAGUAGCGUCUUGGACAAAAUACUGGGUAGCAUUGUGUGGAACCCAGCUCUUUUACUACACUGCAAAAUCUCUGAAGGCUACAGAGAGAAAGCAUUUCAAAUCCACGCCGAGUAAGAAUGUGUCAGUUGUGGGCUGGAUGGUGAUGAUGGCAGAUGACCCUGAGCAUCCAGAUCUCUUCUUAUUGACUGAUUCUGAGAAGGGCAAUUCAUAUAAAUUUCAAGCUGGAAACAGAAUGAAUGCAAUGCUCUGGUUUAAACACCUGAGUGCUGCCUGCCAAAGCAACAGACAACAGGUUCCUGCCAACUUGAUGACCUUUGAAUAAUAGGCUAAUUCAAAACAACAAAAAAAGAACAAUUUGAACCAUCUCAUAAUGGUUCUGAUGAAAAAUGCGCCAGCUGUAUUCUGUGCCAGAACAGAGCCUGUCAACUCGAUCUCUGAACUCUGGAGCCCUGAACAAAACCACUAAUGGCUGGGGAGUAGAGUCCCCCAAAUUAAAAAUGGAGUUGCAACAUGAAUUGCCAUGGACCAUGCUUCGUUGUAUUCUCUGAACUGACCUGUGGAAACCACUGCCUUAAAGAGUGAAAGGAAAAACAACAUGAAACACCAAAUAGUGUGUGUGAAACUUCUGGCGGUGCUGUGCUUGAGUUAAAUAGAUUGUAGCUAGUUUGAGUUUCUUUUAACUUUAUACUAAUUUUGAAAAUAACUCACCUUUUUAGGCAUUCUUAAGAAAACAAGUAAACUGGUAUUUAAGAGUUGUAUCAAAAGCUGUGUGUGAACCAGGUAAAAAAGGUACUACACGUUCUAGAGAUGUUGUUUAGACUAUACCAGGAGUUCUCGAUGGGAGCUUGUCCCAGGCACGCUCAGCCUGGAGCAAUAUUUUUUCUCUCAGACCUACAGGUGUAAGAAAUGUUAACAACCACAAGUUUAAAAUAGCAGUAAGCUUGCAAACCGUAGUACUGUAUGGGAGCCAUAUUCCUUACGAGUGGCACAAAGGCUGAACACUUGCACGCCAAAAUUUUUUUUUGGUACGUUGUUACCUAAUUCCUGGUUAAAAAUAUAGUUCACGUGUUUCGGGUGGUCGGGGGGGGUGUGUGGCAGAGACAAAACUGAAAGCACUGUUGGGUCAGAACUGAGUGUUUUCUUCCCCUUUGUUUCUACACCUGUCACUCUCCUACACACAAAGGUUGAAUGACAGAAAAAAUAACACCCAGGUAUAGCUCACUGAGAUAUUUUACUUCUCUGGGUAUCUGUUAAUUAUCAGUUAGGGACCACUGUUAGUGUAUGGUGUUUCAUAGUAUCACUUAAGAUCUACGUUUUAAAAAGAUAGAGGCACAAUUUCAAGCUUUCAUGUUCUCAUUUGGCAAUAAUGGAUUUUAGUGUCUGUCUUGGUCAAAACAGUUGACAUUGUGUGGUAUUGAUAACAUGGCCUAAAGCAGACCUUACAUACAGAAGCUCUUUUGAUCUUCAGGCAAAUAAUUUAAGAGAAGGUAGGAUAACCUAAAGAGAGAAAAGGUGUGGGACUAUCAGAAUUCCAUCCUUGACAGGAAUAAUUCUUGGUCACUGAAAUUACUCACAGAGAAAAACAUUAUGGUUGUAAAAAGGGAGCCAUGGUUUAUGUGUGUGUUUUAUGCUUUAGGCUUUGAUUCUUUCUUUAUUUGGGUUUCCUUGACAUCACCUGGAUAUAGUUUCCUGGAUGAUUAGUCUUUCUUUAAUCUUCAAAAAUAUGAUCUUUGUAAAGCAAGGAAACAUUGUCCAAAAUAUGACUCUGAUAUCAGAACUUUGAAGUCUGUGAAAAAGUAGUAACUGUUCCAUUGACAUUGUGGUUUAGUGGCCGUAAAUACGCUUGCAGAUUCCACCAUGAAUACUCCUUUUUAAAAAGAAACAAGCUACCUACCAGUCUGUGGCAGAGUUAUCUGACUAUCUAAUAAAGGUUUCUACUAGUAGUUAUUAUUU